AUCGCGUACCAGUCGAGCGCACACUUGGCUGUCAAAUUCAGCGACGUGCAUGCGCAGACUCCAUCCGCGAUGAGCGGAAUCAUUGACAAGAUUUCGUACACCGGAGGAGGAACGCGCACGGACAUCGCCCUCGAGAUGGCCAACUCUGGACUGUUCAGUUCAGGUGGUGGAGACCGCGGAGAUAAACCGAACGUGCUUGUUGUAAUCUCGGACGGAAAGACGAACCGUGGAAGCAAAGCUUACAGCACAGUUCUAAGACCACUAAUUGGUAAAAAGGUCAAGCUGAUUGCCGUUGGAGUUGGUUCUGGCAUCGAUUAUAGCGAACUUAAAGAAAUUGCUAAUGGCAAAAGAGCAAAUGUGAUCCAUGUUGACAAGUUCGAGGACCUCUUUGUAAGACUGAACAAUGUACUGCGAGCUUCAUGUGAACUUCAAUAAGAAUAUUUUUCACAUUACAAGCUGACCAAAACGACGUUUGCGUACAAAAGAAGAAUGGAACAGAAGAUAAAGAGAUAUUAGAAUGACUCAUAAAGUUUCAAUAAAACUUGAGAUAUAGACAAA